AUGAAUGAGAAUAGGAAUUGGAAUGGAUAUAGAGAUGGAAAUUUUCAAGGAAGGAUCAAUCAGGGGCACAAUAAUAAGAACUCAUCUGAUAGAGUGUAUCACUGUAAGAUGUUUUGUAAUAAUCACUAUGGUAGAAACUGUAAGGGAGACUUAGUGACUUGCAACCACUGUCAGAAAAAGGGAUAUAGGGAGUAUGAGUGCUUUCCUAAGCAGAAAAAGGAACAAAAUAGCAAUGUGAGUGGUAACCAAGGAAAGUCAGGGUAUAACCAAUCCGAAAAUCACAGUUCGAAGCCUGUAGGGUACAGAACAACCAGGGAAACCACAAUAAGUCUGCCAAUGAGAACAACGACCAUAAUAAGGCUCCGGGUAAACUGGGCAACUUAUCCUUUUGUUUCGUCCUCUGUUGUUAAAAUUCUGAAGUUAGUAGAUUUUGAAGUGAUUGAUUUACUUGUUAGUAUGCCUACUGGUGUAACCAUAAGGUAUACCAAGUUGUUUAAGAACUUGCAUUUGAAGAUAAGAGACUGUAAUUUUCCUUCUAAUUUGAUAGAGUUUAGUCUGGGUGACCUAGAUGUAAUUUUGGGGAUGCAUUGGCUAAGUUUGUUCAAGGCCAGUAUAGACUGUAAAAUUCAGAAAGUAAGUUUAAGGAACCCUGUUGGGAAAUUGACCUCAUAUAGACGUCUUGAGAAGUCCAAGAACCUUGGGAUCGAGGAUGUACCAAUUGUGAAUGAAUUCUUGGAUGUGUUCCCUAGUGAGAUUUCAGAGCAUGAUGAACACUUGAGCGUUAUAUUGGAGACGCUUAGGAAGAAUCAAUUGUAUGCAAAGUCCUCUAAGUGUGAGUUUCGUUUGGAGAAAGUAGUAUUUUUGGGACACUACGUGUCGAAGGAAGUAGUCUUUGUAGAUCCUGCUAAUAUUCAAGAUGUGAGUAAGUGUCCUGCUCCAAAGAAUAUAUGUGUCUGA